UUCGUUUACGAGUGUGUGUGCACUCGUAUCUAUAACGAUAGCGUGUAAGGAUGUGUGUUUCUGUUUGCGCCUGUCUCUUUGUGCAUGGCUGACUGCUUUGUCCAUCUGACUACAAUUGAAAGGGGAUCUCUAUCUCCAUGUCGGUGUGUCUCUAUCUCAGCCGCUCCACCUUAAGGGGAGCUUUAGCAGGCUGUCUUGUUUAUGUUGAAGCCAACAGGCACAAUAUAUUACAGUCCAGGGCUCCCUGCUGAAAAUCCUACAGGAUCUUCUAGUGACCUGCUGUUCUUUCCUGCUUUCCUGUUUUUUUAUUAUUAUUUAGAUUAAAAGCAAAGCUCGCUCUCUGUCAUAGUUUUUCUCCCUCUUUUUUUAAAUGUUGUAUUCCAACAGACAACACAACCCUUCAGUUUAAGGUUCUGCUCUCUCCUAUGAGAAGAAGAGGGACUGGAGGUACUGUAGAUUGUAGGUGAAUUUGGAUGGAGGAGUGUAGUGUUUGUAUCUUGUUGGAGGGGUUGGUGAAGGGACAGGAAAGGGGGGGUACUUGGGUGUAACGCUCAAGCUUCACUGCCAUGUCAGUGUGUGUGGACUCCAACUGAUCACAGAGCGGGAGAGACGGAGAGAGGAAGAGAGAAACGAGAGUGAGACUUUGGUUACACCGAGGAAACGGGAAGAAGGAAAAGGAGCCAAAGUGUUAGUGUGGGGAUUUGUUUUACCGUGAGACCUGUUUGACGGAUGCACUGACAGAGCUCUCCAAGCUGUGUCGACAGGCUCCGUGUCGGACAGGGACAGACAGAGCAGAGCUGAACGGAAAGAAGAGAAGAGAGCAGGACUGGGCAGGAGGGAGGACUGCUCUCUUCAACCUUGCCUGAGACCAGACCAAAGCAGGGGAAAGAUCUGGACUGGGCUGUGUUCCUGGUGGUGGGCAGAGGAGUGGAGGGCCAGGGGACAGGCUCUGACCUGAUAAUCAAACAGACUGAACAUCUCUCCUGGGACCAUGUACCCUCAGGGCAGGCAUCCGGUCCCUAUUCAGCCUGGCCAGUCUUUCAAGUUCACAGUCCUGGAGACCCUGGACCGCAUCAAGGAGGAGUUCCAGUUCCUCCAGGCUCAAUACCACAGCCUGAAACUGGAGUGUGAGAAGCUGGCCAGUGAGAAGACAGAGAUGCAGAGACACUACAUCAUGUACUAUGAGAUGUCCUAUGGGCUGAACAUAGAGAUGCACAAGCAGGCGGAGAUUGUGAAGCGUCUCAGUGCCAUCUGUGCUCAGAUCAUCCCCUUCCUAUCUCAGGAGGUUGUAAUGCAACAAAAUAGGAAAAACGCCAAGGGGGAUGAAUACUUUUGCAAGCAUCAACAGCAGGUGGUCCAGGCAGUGGAGAGGGCCAAACAGGUCACUAUGGCCGAACUCAACGCCAUCAUUGGGCAGCAGCAGCUCCAGCACCUGUCUCACCACACCCCAGGUAUUCCCCUGACUCCCCACCCGUCAGGCCUCUCUCUGGGGGGAGGUUCAGGUCUGCUUGCCCUUACUGGUGCCAUGGGGGUCUCAGCCCACCUGGCCUCCAAGGAUGAACGCAACCACCUGGACCCUGAGCACCUGAGAGAGGCUGCGCCCAGCAGGAGUAAGUCUGUGUCGUCGACAGACAGCCAGCAAGUGGAGGAGCGCCAGGGCCCGUCAGGGGGGUACUCCUCCUCCCAGGGAGGGGGCGACGCUAAGAGGAGGCGCUGUGAUGACAAGGAGCCCCUCCCACCUCACUACGACAGUGAUGGGGACAAGAGUGAGGAUAACCUGGUGGUUGAUGUCUCUAAUGAAGAGCCCACGUCUCCCGCAGGCAGCCCCCCUCACUCCCCCCACGGGAACGGUCUGGACCGGGCCCCCACCCUGAGGAAGGAGUUACCAGGGUCCCCCAGGAGCCCCGGCGAGGUCCCGUCCUCCCCCCUACCAUGCAGCCCCACACCGGGCAAGGCCAAGGAUCCAGCACAGGUGGAGAAGUCUGGGUCUUCGUUGUCUAAGUCGAGCACCCCGUCCCCGUCUCACCAUGAGGCUCUUACCCCCGGCCCCGCCGGCCCCAGUACGUCCUGCCUCCGCCUGGUCAGCAGGGCUGCCUCCUCCGCUGACCCUCUGGCUCUCCGCAGUCCUCUGUCUGUGCCCCCCAGUUUGUACCCGGCUCAAUUUGGGGGGGUGUCCCACGCAGGCGUCAAUGGGGAGCUAGCCAGUCCCGGGGGCUUCUCGCCCCAGAUCAGCGCUGCCGCCAGCGCCAGCGCCUACACCCGCAGCCCCUUGGCUCUCCAGGUGGCAUAUGAGUCUCGGUCCCACCUCAGGGCCCCAGGGCUGUCCUCCUCACUGCCUGGUGGAUCCUCUGGGGGAAAACCUGCCUACUCUUUCCAUGUAAGUGCGGAUGGACAGAUGCAGCCGGUGCCUUUCCCUCCGGACGCCCUGCUGGGCCCGGGCAUCCCGCGGCACGCCCGGCAGAUCCACACUCUGAACCAUGGAGAGGUGGUGUGUGCCGUCACCAUCAGCACCUCCACACGCCACGUCUACACUGGCGGCAAGGGCUGUGUCAAGGUGUGGGACAUCAGCCAGCCUGGCAGCAAGAGUGCCAUGGCCCAGCUCGACUGUCUGAACAGGGAUAACUACAUCCGCUCAUGUAAGAUUCUCCCUGAUGGGCGGACACUCAUUGUUGGAGGCGAGGCUAGCACACUGUCAAUCUGGGACUUGGCCACACCCACUCCCCGCAUCAAGGCGGAGUUGACGUCUUCUGCCCCGGCCUGCUACGCUCUGGCCAUCUCCCCCGACAACAAGGUCUGCUUCUCCUGCUGCAGCGACGGAAACAUUGUAGUCUGGGACCUGCACAACCAGACCCUGGUUAGGCAAUUCCAGGGCCACACUGACGGGGCCAGCUGUAUUGACAUCUCCAACGAUGGGACCAAACUGUGGACGGGGGGGCUGGACAACACAGUACGCUGCUGGGACCUGAGAGAGGGACGACAGCUGCAGCAGCACGACUUCACCUCACAGAUCUUUUCUCUGGGCUACUGUCCUACAGGAGAGUGGCUGGCAGUGGGCAUGGAGAGCAGUAAUGUAGAAGUGCUGCAUGUCUCCAAACCAGACAAGUACCAGCUGCAUCUCCACGAGAGCUGUGUGCUCUCCCUCAAGUUUGCUUCCUGUGGCAAGUGGUUUGUGAGCACAGGGAAGGACAAUCUGCUGAAUGCAUGGAGGACGCCAUAUGGAGCCAGUAUUUUCCAGUCCAAGGAGUCCUCGUCUGUCCUGAGUUGUGACGUGUCACCGGAUGAUAAGUACAUAGUGACUGGUUCUGGAGACAAGAAGGCCACCGUGUAUGAGGUGGUCUACUGAGAACAGGAAAUAAGUGUGUGUGUGUGUGGGGGGGGGGGGGGUUACCUACUUCAGGACUACAGCAGGGCAGGUGGGGGCAGCUAUGGCUCUUUUGUACAGUAGCAAUGCUCUCCAGCUCCGGCUCCCAAAGGACCCUACAACAACACCCCCCUCAUCUCAGCUAGCUGCACCUCCCAGCGUGUACACUACCACCAUAGCCCUGAGGAUGAGGCAGGGUAGAAAGAGGGAGAGAUGCGUAGAGCGCAAGAGAGAGGGAGAGUAAGAUGGAGGGAGAGAGCGAGAGAUAACAAGAGAAGGAAGAGGAGAGGGAGAAAAGGAGGGUAAUUAGUGUUUUCUGAUUAAGAGCUCAGCAGAAGGGAAACCCCAGAGGAGGAGCGCGCCACUCUGGGAGCUGCAGCGAGGAGCACUGAUACCAGACAAUCGAUUCAUUAGUCAGACAGUGGAACCCUUAAUGAUGCCAACGCUGCGCCACAGCUCCCCAGCCAGGGGUGUCAGGAGCUUGGGAGAGCUAUCACCGUGAGCCAGGCUGGAGAAGUGCUGGAGCUCUGCCCCAGAGAUAUACACACACACAGCCCUGCACCCAAUUAAAUAUUCAUAGCAGCGCUCCCCGUCUCACUCCCCUAAUAUCUAUUUUACUUUUGUCUCACAAAGGCCGCGUUUAAUGAGGAGCAGAGUCAAUCUGAGUCUCAGCGGGCCCCUGUGCCACAAACACUAAACAGACAGGAGCAACACUGGGCUACGCUGUUCAUCUUCAUGCUUACCAAUGGCUUGUUCUCCUGACACCACUCACCCUUUAAUGCUCAUUUAACUUCCCUGUUUAAUACUACAUGCUUCAACUUGUAGCAAAUAAGGAAAUUGAUGAUAUCCACGUAUAUUGCAAAACCCUGCUUCGAUAGAACUUGUCACGGAGCUUAAUGUGUACAUUUGUUUUAAGUCACGCUCAAGCUACUUGAAUAGUUGUUGCUUUAUGUUUUAAGAGGGUGCUGUGUUUGCCUACGUCUGUACGUUGGCCUUGGAGAGCAAAAUGAAGCGAUACACUACACGACCUAGUGACACGACCUAGUGACACGACCCACGACCUAGUGACACGACCUAGUGACACGACCUAGUGACACAAGUGGGUGAGGGAAAUAUGUCCUUUUGUUUUUCUUUUUUUAUCUAUCUGAUGUGUCCUUCUCCUUGGUGAUGGUGACAGGCAUUGGACUGUACUACCCUUUUCACAACACCACAAGGGCCCUAAAACUGGGCUACCAUUUUGGGGAAGGCUUGUUCCGAUUCCUGUUUUUGUUCCCGUUUCAAGCAGAAGUAAUAACUGUACUUAUGUAGGUUCUCAGUCAUUAGUGUGUAAUGCUAUUUCAGUGUUUCUGUUCAGUCUGUAGUCAAUCAGUAUACAGCAGCAGGUGUUAGGUCAUGUCGCUGUGUUGGGGAAAGGUGAAGAGACAUUGGGAAGUGUACAGUAUAUGGUGCCUGCCUCACCACCCCACUCAUUGCCUGUCAACAAUAGACAGUCUCUCUCAAUUCAAAAUCACAUUUUAUUGGUCACAUACACAUAUUUAGCAGAUGCUAUUGCGGGUGAGUGUCUCAGCUCACUGACCACGUUUACAUGUGUACUUGUAUUCCGGAUUGUAGCUCAUAUCCCGCUUAAGGUCUUAUUUGGGAUCAGUUAUUUACAUGCACCUUUGAUAUCCCUAUCGUGAGAAUCCCUGUAACCAUGAAUAAACAUAAUAUUCCUCAUUUUAAGUUCAUAUGGGUUAAAUGGAAUAGUAACUGAAUAUGGACACUGACUGUAGGUCUAUAACCACACAUGUAGUGUAAUAGAAUAUUAACUCCUGCUGAAUUAUGCAUUUCUUGCAGUAAAAUUAUACAAUUAAUGUAAAUUGUCAGGAACUAGAGUGAGAAAAAUGCGUUUUAUCUUUGACACUUAUGCAAGCAGACAGUAUUUCAACCACAUGAAAAUAUGCACCCAAGACAAACAAGUCUUUUUAGAAAUGUGUUUCAUCAUUUGAUCAGCUUUUCAUUUCCUUAAAACCAGUCAAACUGAUCACAUUUGGACAUUUUCCACUGUUUGAAUUAUUGCAUUUUCUCCCCGGUCCCUAACGAAACAGACAACUUUACCGGUGUUCAUUCUAUUGAUGUAAGACAUUCUGGUGCGUACUACUUUUUUAGUCUUCUCGGGCAACAAGUUAUGACAGAAGAGAAGCUGCAUGAAUCUAACUAGUUGGCAAAUGGCUUACCGAAUGUUGGAAAUUAUAAUCUGGCCUACUAAAUGUCCGAAAUUUGUCAAAAUAAGGGUGAAAGUAGUCACUAAGCUAUACGGUCCAGUACGGAGUCGAGGAAAAAUUCAUUAUGGAAAUAUUAUGGUAGCCUACUUUUUGAAGUGAUUUGUUUGACAAUCAGAUGAAAACAUCACCCAACACCCAUGAUAUUCGAAACGGGAUAAGAUGUUUAUAUGCCACAGUAUCCCGUCAAAGAUUAGCACAUCCCAGGCAUCUUAUCUGGUUCUCUCAUAACCGGGAUACAAGCUUUUUCAGGUUAUUGUAAAACAUAUCCCGUUAUAUGCGUCAACUUAGAAACAGAAUACUUAAGUAUCCAGAAUAUCGGGAUAUUGGUGUGCAUGUAAACGUGGUCACUGUCAGUAAAACCUCCACAGCCCCUGCUUUCUCUGUUACGACAGUUAAUGAUUUUUGUUUUAAGUGCUCGAUUCAAGCCGUAGCGCGAUUGAAAUUUAAGGGUCAUCUUCGAUUGAGCCGACAUAUGCAGUGUUUACCGUUAAUGAAGUCUCCUUGAAAAUGGGAACAUUUAAAUUUCUACUGCACUGUAGCACAGCUCUUCAGCGCUACGGAUUGAAUAGUGCUCUUAUUUAAUGACUUAAAGCCAAUGAACUUUUAAAAAAAUGCAUUGUUUUCCUUCCUAACGAAUUUUCCAUGUGUUCUACAAGAAAUACGACUGGAAAAAUAAAGUGUUCAUCUUUUAA